AUGGAAACCGAACCGCAAGUGCUCAUCGCCGGCGCGGGCCCCUCCGGGCUCGUGCUUGCGCUCAUCCUCCGGCGCAGCGGCGUGCACGUGCGGAUCAUCGACAAGGAGCCGGCUUACCGCCCCGGGAGCCGCGGCUCGGGCGUGCAGGCGCGCACGCUCGAGCUCUACGCCCAGCUCGGCCUAUACCAAGAAAUCGCCGCUUGCGGGGCGGAGAUCCCGAACAUCGCCCUGUACAAGCCGGGCAAGGAAAAUCUGACGCCGCAGAAGGAGUUCAGGCUGACGGAGCGGGCAGAGGCGACGCCGGGGAUGCCAUACCCGAACGCGAUAAACAUCCCGCAAGACGCGCACGAGGCGGUGCUGCGCGGUGCGCUCGCGGAGCUGGGCUGCACCGUCGAGCUCGGUGUGGAGCUGACCAAGUUUAGUCAGCACUCCGACGGUGUCCGCGCCACGCUCAAACAUGCCGACGGCGCGGAAGAGAUCGCCGAGACGGGGUGGCUAAUCGGCGCGGACGGCGCACACAGUGUCGUGCGCAAGGGCCUGGGGCUGAAUUUCCUGGGUGAGACACACGAGGAGCAGGAGAUGUUGAUUGGGGAUAUCGAGGUCGACGGUGUGUCUCCCGGGUUGUGGCACAUGUGGGCCGACCCGCCGCGCACGAUGGUCCUCCGCAGCGCGACGCCCGACUCCAACCUCUUCAUGUUCGCAUAUGUCCCCGGCACGCCCGGCGCGGUGCAGCACGCCGGGCCGUUCACCCGGGACGAGUUCGUCGAGACGUUUUAUGAGGUCACACAGCGCACGGACAUCACGUUCGGGAAGGCGACGUGGCUGUCGCGCUAUCGGCCGAACAUGCGCAUGGUGGAUCAGAUGCGGGCGGGCCGCGUGUUCGUCGCAGGGGAUGCUGCACACUGUCAUAGCCCUGCUGGAGGCCAAGGCCUCAACUCGAGUGUUCAAGACGCGGCGAACCUCGCGUGGAAGCUUGCGCUCGUGAUCAACCACCAUGCCCCCGAUGCGCUGCUCGACACAUACGCCGAGGAGCGCCUCCGCGUGAUCGCGCAGAUGUUACAACUCACAACUGCCUUGUACAACUCCACGUUUGACGCGCUCCGGUUGAAGCAGCAGCUCGACGCGGACGGCACCGAGGAUGCUCCGAUGGGCACGGACAGGAACGGCGCAGGGCUAUCGAUGCUCGGCGUGAACUACUCGGGGAGCUCGAUCAUCGCCGAGGACAACGACGCCGGCCCCCCCCCCGGCGUACGCGCCGGGCUUCGCAGAGACCGGCGUCCGGGCCGCAAGGAGACGAGCCUUUUCGAGGUGUUCGACGUCGCCCUGCACACCGUCCUCCUCUUCGGCGGUGCUGCCUCCAAGUUCUCCCGUCUGCUUCAAGGGUUACCGGUGGGGACAACACAGAUGGUGCAGAUUCUUCCCGCCUCUGUUGACACUUCUUCUCUCAAAGCGGAUGGCGUGGAUAUUGUGCUGCACGACGCGCGGGGUCACGCGUACGCCGGGUACGGCGUCGAGGCAGGUGAGACGGUGGUCGUGGUUGUGCGCCCCGAUGGUGUCGUUGGCAUGGUGCAGCGUGGGAGCGCGGAGGAAGCGGUCGCAGACGUGCCAGAGUAUUUCGCAAAGAUCUUCGGGUGA